UGCACCAUACUCUGAAUUCAGACCACCUCUCUCCUUCCAUCAAAAACAUCAGCAGCAAUGGCUAUGGCUUUCAAGAUGGCGACGACCGGAAUGUGGGUGACCGACGAGUGCAAAAACUCAUUCAUGGAGAUGAAAUGGAAGAAGGUUCAUAGGUACAUAGUGUUCAAGAUCGAUGAGGGAUCCAAGCUGGUGACCGUCGAUAAGGUCGGCGGACCCGGGGAAGGCUACGACGAGCUCGCCGCGUCGCUGCCGACCGAUGAUUGUCGAUACGCCGUCUUCGAUUUCGACUUUGUCACCAAUGAUAACUGCAGGAAGAGCAAGAUCUUCUUUAUUGCCUGGUCACCAACGGCAUCAAGGAUAAGAGCAAAAAUGUUGUAUGCGACAUCAAAAGAAGGAUUAAGGAGAGUGCUGGAUGGAAUACAUUAUGAUAUGCAAGCCACCGACCCAACAGAGAUGGGGAUGGAUGUGAUUAAAGAUCGAGCUAAAUAAAUACAUUUGUGAUAAUUUAAUUAUGUUCUCAAAUUUUACUUUAAUUUAAUAACUCGCACCAGACUUGCUUUGUAGUGUUACCUUUCUCGGUUUUGGUACUAAUGUAAGUUAAUCUUCAUCUAAUUUGUAAUAAUAAUAAUAAUAAUAUGUACCAUGUGUGUUUAAUUUAUAAGAAA